AUGACUAGGGCAAAUCCUGGGUUUUUGCAUCCAUUUAUUUCUGAAAUAGAUAGAGAGUUUCAUAGGUUAAUUAGAGCACGUAGAGCUUUUGUAAUUGAUCCUCAUUCAAGUGAUUCUGAUUCUGACCUUGAUUUUGAUUCUGAAUUUGUUGCAGUUUUUGAUAACAUGGCUGAAGAAGGACCGCGAGAAAGAACAUUAAGGGAGCUGGCUGCACCUGAUUUUACCUACGAAAGCUUGUGUAUCCAGUAUCCUGAGGAUGUACCAUGUGUACUCAAAACUGGACUAAUCCAUUUAUUGCCUAAGUUUGGUGGUCUUGCAGGUGAAGAUCCUCAUAUGCAUAUCAAGGAGUUCCGUACUUUCAUAUCCACCAUGAAGCCUCCUGAAGUUGACAAAGAUCAUAUCUGUUUGAAGGCUUUUCCUCAUUCUCUUCAGGGAACUGCAAAGACUUGGCUGUAUAACCUGCCUCCUUCGUCCAUUGCAAGCUGGGACGACCUGAAAAGAAAGUUUCUUGAGAAGUUCUUCCCUGCCUCUAGGACAACUUCAAUCAGAAAAGACAUCUCAGGAAUCAGGCAGCUACAUGGAGAGACUCUACAUGAAUACUGGGAAAGAUUCAAGACACUAUGUGUGAGCUGCCCCCAUCACCAGAUUUCCGAGCAGCUCCUAGUUCAGUAUUUCUAUGAGGGUUUGCUCAACAUGGAAAGACAUCUCAUUGAUGCUUCUUGUGGAGGUCCAUUGAAUGACAUGACUCCUACUGAAGCCAGGCAGUUGUUUGAGAAGAUGGCUGCUAAUUCUCAGCAGUUUCACACAAGGAGUAAUGAUGCUGUUAAAACUGUUAAUGAGAUUGGGACAGAUCCAAGGAUGGACAAGCUUGAGAAGAGGAUGGAAACCAUUGCCAGCUUGGUUACUCAAUUGGCCAUGAACCAGAAUAAACCUUCACAACAGGCAAAGGUUUGUGGCAUUUGCACUAAAGACCAUAAUACUGAUGUUUGUCCUUCUCUGCAGGAACCUACGGAUGAGAAUCCUGAAGCAUAUGCUGCCAACAUUUUCAAUAAUCGACCUCAGCAAAAUUAUGAUCUGUCAUCUAACAGAUAUAAUCCUGGCUGGAGAAAUCAUCCAAAUCUUAGAUGGUCUGAUCAGUCACAACCUGCCCAAGCACCGUUUCAGAAUAAUGCUAGACCAUAUGUUCCUCCUCCAAUGCAACAACAGGCUAACAACCCUGCUGCACCUGCUGCACCGCAAUCUAAAGAAUCUUCAUUGGAGGAUAUGUUGAAGCAGAUGACAGCCCAAAACAUACAGUUCCAACAAGACACCAGAUCCUCCAUUCAGAAUCUGACCACCCAGAUAGGACAGAUGGCUACUUCAAUAAACCAGCUACAGUCCCAGAAUUCUGAUAAGCUGCCCUCUCAGACGGUUGUGAAUCCAAGAAAUGUGAGUGCCAUCACCUUACGGUCGGGGAAGCAAAUUGAUGCAGAUCAUGGACCAGAGCCAGAGCCUGAACCUGAAAAGGAGACAGAGACCACUGCCACAAGAACCUUCCAAGUACAACCACCUUCCAUUCCUCUUCCAUUCCCUCCGAAAGCUAUGCCCAGCAAGAAGAAGGAAGAGGUAGAUAAGGGAAUCUUGGAGAUAUUCACAUACCUCUACUUGAUGCACUCAAGCAAAUUCCAAGAUAUGCAAAGUUUCUGA